GUGUUAAUAUCUCAGUACGUAAAACGUAUCCACUGAAUUUGAAAUUAUAUCGGCUUGCAAACAUAAUCGUCGUGUCAAAAUGAAACAAAUUUUAUGUUUUGAACAUGAUUUCAUGAGUGUAUCAAACAAUUUUAGAUUAGUAAUCGGUAUUGCCAGUUUGUGCUACACGACGUCGUAAAGUGUUUGGUAAAAUUGAACGAUGGGCGCUGGACAAAUAGGAGGCAUUGCCACUUUGCUGGACAUCGACUUCCAAAAUGCUGCAGGAUUUCAGGGCGUACCAGCUCAAACAACGGAAGGACAGUUUAUUGUGCACUACCUGUCACACGCCAUGUUAUUCUGUGUGGGAGCAUUGAUAGAACCGCAUGUGGUGCUAACGCCGGCGAUAUGCGUUUUUGGGGAAAAAUAUAAGUUUUUUGUGUAUGCUGGUACACACCGGUUUAUGGAGGGCGUUGGCAUAUCGAGACAGGUUCAGCAUCUCUGCAUUCACAAAGGUUAUAACCACACGUCACGUUGGAUGCGGUGUUCCCCUGAUAACUUAGCGCUUUUGGUGCUUAAUCAGCAGUUCUUCUUCCACAAGCGAGAGCCAGGAACAGCAUACGUUUUAAACAGAGUACGCUACGGUGUUACCACUAAUUUGGAAAAACGUAUUGGUGAUCCAACUUGUCAUUACUUCGGAUGGGGGAGUAGACGAAAUGGUUAUCUGAUUCCUUUAUUGAUAGACCUCUUACGUGUUGACGUCACCCUCUUACCUCCAGAGCGUUGCCUUCAAAUGUGGAAUUACAAAAACAAAUAUCUGUGUAUACAACAACCGCCUUGCAAGGUGAUUUCUUUUAUACUACAUAUUAUAUAUACACUGGUAUCAUCGCCAUCUGUAUUUAAAAAAAAAAAACUAGCGCUACCAUCGGUGGUCUUGGACUUCGAUAUUGAUAUCUGUUUCGUGAUAAUUGUUUUCUUAAUAGGCAAGUAGUUAGUUUUCUUCCUUCAACGUACAAUGGUUUAAUGCGCACAUAAAGAAAUCUAUCAUUGCCCUGAUGGGGGUCUAAUAACACAUAAUUGUAGUUUAGUGUCAAGGGGGUCAGCCCCCUUAAGAUCUCCGAGAGGCCACAAGAGGCCUAUAAGGAUGUCGACAAUCUUGAGAGCUCCUUAGUUGUAAAUACCUCAACAGCAUGUUAUGUAUAUGUAUAAAGAUUAGACAUCCGAUGAUAAUUACAAUAUACAACAAGUAUAGUGUCAUAAAAUGUGUGACGUAAAACCAUUUUUUUUUAGUUACAGUUAUUCUAUAAAUUAAUGAUUAUUUAGUUAUUCUUAUAAGGCUUUUUAAAGCCAUAUUAUAUACAGAUUACUUUUGAUAAAAAUGGAGUUUUUAUACUACAUUACACAAAUUUAGGUUGUAUAACCUAAAUUUGUACAUGAAUAAUCAAAGAUCGGCCAACGGCGCUGUUACCUAUUUCACAGAAUUGUUUAUGGUAUCAGCGUUAUAACAUGUCAAACUCAUAUUAGACUCUAGAUUAGUGUUUCCCAACGAUUUUUUUGUACCGUACACCGGCUUAGCCUUUCUUAAAUGGCUAAGCCCCCCCCUAAAUUUAAUAUAAAAAAAACAUUGAAUUGUUCACUAAAGAAACUUAAAUGAUAGGUUUUAGGAAUUUUUUAACGAAACGCAGUAAGUAAAUUUUUAAACAUAAUGUGAAACAGAAAUUGAAAUUCCAAAUAAUUUUUAAUAAUUUUUCAAAUAACCAACAAAUUUCCAAACACUGGCAAACACUCCUCUAGAGAGAUCUAUGGUUAUGAUAUAAAAACUAUUUUGCAUAAACGUGAAUUAAUAAUAUAUUUAGGAUAACGGUAAUUUCAAAGACAGAAAAUA